GCCAUGCCCCGCAACCACAGCGGAGAUGAGGGCGGUUCUGGCCUCUGGAUGAAGACUUCUCCUGGGCAUCGCGUUGAGGGUUAUGACUUGAAAGAUGUGGAGUCUGGUGGCAGGAUGAUGAACAACAAUACUUCUCGAGUGGAAGACGGUUUGUUGUCCGCCUCGAUUGGCCCCCAUUCCAGCACAGGUGCGGAGAGUCACCGGGGAAAGCAAGGCGCCCGCCUAAGUCUGUUGGGGAAGCCGCUGGUGUAUAGUUCGCAGAGUGGCCGGAGAAACGUGCGCUACCGGAGGCUCCAGAACUACCUGUAUAACGUACUGGAGAGACCGCGUGCCUGGGCAUUCGUCUAUCACGCUUUUGUGUUUGUGCUGGUAUUUGGCUGUUUGGUACUAUCUGUGUUCUCCACCAUCCCAGACCAUCAGGAGUUAGCUUCCCACUGUCUCCUGAUCUUGGAGUUUGUAAUGAUUGUUGUCUUCGGGCUGGAGUAUAUCAUUCGGAUCUGGUCGGCCGGCUGCUGCUGCCGCUACAGAGGAUGGCAGGGGCGACUGCGCUUCGCACGGAAGCCAUUUUGUGUCAUAGACAUCAUUGUGCUCAUCGCCUCAGUUGCCGUGGUAUCGGCAGGCAGCCAGGGCAACAUCUUUGCCACAUCUGCGCUGCGCAGCCUACGCUUUCUGCAGAUCCUGCGCAUGGUGCGCAUGGACAGGCGAGGAGGCACCUGGAAGCUGCUUGGCUCUGUCGUUUAUGCACACAGCAAGGAGCUAGUCACAGCCUGGUACAUCGGCUUCCUGGUGCUCAUCUUCUCCUCUUUCCUGGUCUACCUCGUGGAGAAAGAUUUUAACAAAGACUUCACUACCUAUGCUGAUGCGCUGUGGUGGGGAACGAUCACCCUCACCACUAUAGGUUACGGAGAUAAAACUCCCAAAACAUGGACAGGCCGAAUGCUCUCCGCUGUUUUUGCCUUAUUGGGAAUCUCCUUCUUUGCCCUGCCUGCGGGGAUCCUGGGCUCUGGUUUUGCUCUGAAGGUGCAAGAGCAACACCGACAGAAACACUUCGAGAAGAGGAGAAACCCAGCAGCCUGCCUCAUACAGUGUGUUUGGCGUAGCUAUGCAGCUGAUGAGAACUCGGUUUCCAUAGCAACCUGGAAGCCUCAUUUGAAGGCGUUGCAUACCUGCAGUCCUACAAAAAAGGACCAAGCAGAGUCAUCAACAAGCGGUCAGAAGCUGAGUUUUAAGGACCGGGUUCGGAUGGCCAGUCCUCGUGGCCAGAGCAUUAAAAGCAGACAGACGUCAGUGACAGACAGACGUUCGCCCGGGGCUGAGAUAAGUGCCGACGGCUCCAGCCCCGCUAAAGUCCAAAAGAGCUGGAGUUUCAACGACCGCACCCGCUUCAGACCGUCCCUUCGACUGAAGAGCCAGUCCCGCUCCACCACAGAUGGUGAGGCUAACCUGGGUGUGGAUGAUGGAUUUGAUGAGAGGGGCUGUAACUGUGAGCUGUCUGCUGAAGAUCUGCUGCCCGCAGUGAAAGCCGUCAUCAGAGCAGUCAGGAUAAUGAAGUUCCACGUGGCCAAGAAAAAGUUUAAGGAAACUCUACGGCCCUAUGACGUGAAGGAUGUCAUAGAACAGUAUUCAGCUGGGCACCUUGACAUGCUUUGUCGAAUUAAGAGCCUGCAAACAAGAGUGGACCAGAUCCUGGGCAAAGGGCCAAUUCCCCUGGAUAAAAAGGUCAGGGAGAAGCUACUGUCUGAGGGAGAUCUCCUGGAGGACGUGAGCAUGCUAGGCCGAGUGUGUAAGGUAGAGAGACAAGUCCAGUCUAUAGAAUCCAAACUGGACUCGUUGUUGGAUAUCUACAGGCAGGUUCUGCGCAAGGGCUCUUCUUCAGCGUUAACUCUCUCCUCUCUACCCCUGUUUGAACUGGAGCAGACCUCUGACUACCAGGGCUCCGUCUUCACCAAGGACCUGUCCUGCUCCAAUCAAGUGAGCCACUCCAACAGCGCCGGCCUCCCUCGGGCUAACCUCCACCUCAUCCUGGCCCCCAACGACCUUGGUCUCAACCUCAGCAACUCAUCUCCGCCUUGUCCUGCAACACCUUUCCAACCAUCUAAUCCACCCCUCAGUCCCUCUGGUCUGUCCAACCCCCAGGCCCCUACACUUGAUUGUUCCACGACUGGUAGCCCUCCUCCCAUCCUAAACCCAAAUAACCUACGCUCAAUGGGACAUUUCCCCACGUUGGCCCGACCACCCCCACCCCCUCCCCCCUCCUCCACCAUGACCUCCAUUCUGCAGCGCCCACCCAUGCCCCCUCCACCCAGUAGAACCCUCACAGCAGAUCCAGUGGAUCCAGCAGACUUUCAGCCCUCCAGUUUAACAGGAGUGAAGGAGAAUGUAGAAACGGGCCAAGGACUGAGGAGGUUCCAACAGAGGAGCAAACCCAGCGCUAAAGAAGACGGUUCCUGGAGAAGACACAUGAGUCUGGAGAUGGACCCUUUAGCCGCUCUGUCCCUCGCCCCAGCUCCGGAACCCUGCGGCGACGACCGGGGUCUGGGUAAGUCGCUGUCAGUGCAGGACCUGAUUCAGUCACCGCUGGAGGUGGACGGACACGCUAGCCUAAGCUCCAGCAGUAGUCACGCUUCCUCCCUGGUCACAGGCAUUCAAGGAGAACCAGGGUCGGGCUGGGGGGAGGCUGACCUCUUCAUCAGCGACCAGGACCUGGAGGCUCAAGUGCGUGACUUUGACUUUCUCUCACAGCCCUCGGUAGAUUGUACUUUUUCCUCAGAGCUGCUGAGGACGGACACGGGAGCUGCCGGAUCAAACCGUAGCCUGCAAGCAGGACACACACCCAGCACAAGUAGUAGUGGCGAGUCCAUCAGCAUGCCUCACGUUCGGCUAAAAUAA